CAGUAUCACAAUGGGAAAGGGAUCAAAAUCAAACAUCCGACUAUUCACGUUCAGUCUGCUUACGCUGAGUAUGGCUAUUAUCGGCGUGUCUUGUAUAUAUACCAUAUCCGGGGAAAUUUAUGGCGGUGACGUAGAAAAUUUGUUAAAUGUACCGUAUAUAGUGUCCCUCAGCUCUCCCAACUUGACAACUUGGGAUGGACUUUUUUGUGGUGGAUCUAUUCUGUCAUCCUCGUGGAUUCUUAUAGCGGCUCAUUGCGUAAAGCACGUGCAACCCGACGAACUGUUAGUUCGUGCAGGAUCACGGUUCAUGCACAAAGGAGGACAAGUUCAGAAUGUGAUCAGAAUUAUCGUGCAUGAGCUUUACAAUGGUGUAACACUACUUGAUCGCGACUUUGCCCUUCUGGAAUUAGCCUCACCGUUGGUCAUUGGGAAAACCGUCCAAGAAAUAGAUUUGUACGAUUUCAAGGAUAAAUAUAUCCCUGGAGAAAUGUGCAUUGUCGCUGGUUGGGGUAGAAUAAGAUCAUCUGAAGGUGCCAAGGAACGUCUGCACAGUGUUAUGGUCCCGCUAGUGGAUUUUAAUGAGUGCAAAAAGGUUUUUGACAAUAUUAAUCGGGUAAUUACCAAACAAAUGCUGUGCGCGGGAGUACGUAAGAAGGAAAGUUGUACGGGAGACUCCGGUGGACCGCUGGUGUGCAGAAAUAAACUUAUUGGAGUCGCUUCCUUCGGAUCCAAAUGUGGCGCUUCCUACGGAGUAUAUGGGAACGUUUCGACGGUUAGAGAUUGGAUUAUAUUUCAUUCGGGCAUUUAAGGGUGUUUGGAUGAGGAGCUAGAUACUUUACUAUCUCAGGCCGUUAAAAACCAACAAAUAUUUUCACUGUUAAACAAAAUAAAAAGAUGCUGUAAAAUUUAAAAUCGUAAUGUAGGAUUAGCGCAAACACGAAUGCGUGUUUUCCGGAAUCUGGAAUCUUGUAUGAGGUUACAAGAAAAAUAUAAAAUAAAUUAUUGUCAUUUAGAAUAACUUAACGGAUUAACCGAUGACGGGAUUUCAGGUGGAAUGAA